CAAAGAAUCACUUCCGCUAUCUCAAGGGUCUUUUGUUCUCGCGAGAAUUGAAAGUGUCUAUGAGACCUAGGAUAAGCGGAAGUUAGGCCUCUUUUUCGUGGCGCCUUCAAGGCGGUCGGCUGCUUCAACAUGAAGCUGAACAUCUCCUUCCCAGCCACUGGCUGCCAGAAACUCAUUGAAGUGGACGAUGAGCGCAAGCUUCGCACCUUCUAUGAGAAGCGUAUGGCGACAGAAGUUGCUGCUGAUGCUCUGGGUGAAGAGUGGAAGGGCUAUGUUGUCCGGAUCAGUGGUGGGAACGACAAGCAGGGUUUCCCCAUGAAGCAGGGUGUCCUGACCCACGGUCGUGUCCGCCUCCUGCUCAGUAAGGGACAUUCCUGUUACAGACCCAGGAGGACUGGUGAAAGAAAGCGCAAGUCUGUUCGCGGCUGCAUUGUGGAUGCCAAUUUGAGCGUUCUUAACUUGGUCAUUGUGAAAAAAGGGGAGAAGGAUAUUCCUGGACUCACUGAUACUACUGUGCCUCGUCGCCUGGGGCCCAAAAGAGCUAGCAGAAUCCGCAAACUUUUCAACCUUUCGAAAGAAGAUGAUGUCCGCCAGUAUGUUGUGAGAAAGCCACUAAACAAAGAAGGUAAAAAACCUAGGACCAAAGCGCCCAAGAUCCAGCGUCUUGUUACUCCACGUGUUCUGCAACACAAACGUCGCCGCAUUGCUCUGAAGAAACAACGCACUAAGAAAAACAAGGAAGAGGCUGCAGAAUAUGCUAAACUGUUGGCCAAGAGGAUGAAGGAGGCCAAAGAAAAACGUCAGGAACAGAUUGCAAAGCGACGGAGACUGUCUUCCUUGAGAGCUUCUACCUCUAAGUCUGAAUCUAGUCAAAAAUAAGAUUUUUAAAAGAGUAACAAAUAAAACCUGGCACCAAUAA